AUAUAUAAUUCGUUUUCUUACAUUUUGAAGCAACUGUAAGGUAACAGUAGUAGAAAUUGAAACUGCAUACGUGAACAAUGGUGUACAUUCAUUUUCCGUCCAACUUGACCGAAGAGGAACUAAUGCUGCAGGCCAAGUAUGCUAAGUUACGGAAAAAGAAAAAAGCACUUCAAGCAUUGAAAGCGCCCAAACAGGAGCCCGAAAAAAGUCUACUUCCUAAGCGACCGGCCGAUGCACGAGACGCUCGGGAAGUAGCUCGUAAGUUGCUCAAAAGUGGCGCUAUACAGGCCAUCCAGAAACCGCAACCAAAACAAGAAGCUUCUUUCAAGCGUCCAAAAGGACAGGAGCGUAAACGAGCUCAACCGGAGAUGUCACCAGCUGGUCAAUAUCAGUCGUUCAGCUCAUCGACAGAUUAUGAAAAUCUUGUGGAAAGCCCAAACAGCCCGGUCGAGAAAGAAUCCAACCGGGUGCAAAAUCUAUAUCAACAAUUUUCUAACGAUCGUGACAAGGAGGAACAAGUGGAUAAAACAAAAUCAGGCGAAACGUCUAAAGACAAGCCUCGGUCUGGUAAUACGGUUUACGUAUCCGGUAAUAAGGUGACGGAAAACUUCUUGAAAAAACACUUUAGCGAAUUUGGAGAAAUUCUCAACAUUUCAAUGGAAAUCGAGAAAGGACGAGGAUUCAUUACAUUUUCCAAAACAGAAUCAGCUGACAAAGCAAUAAACGAUCUGCAUUCGAAGACUGUAGGUGGAAUACAAUUGCAAGUGCAGUUAGCGCGUCGUCAGCCACAGAUAAAUCCUAUUAACGAUGCUGGAUCUUCUGCCGUAUGGUCUGCACUCGCUACAAACCGAUCGCAAAAGGGUAAACAUAAAGAUAAUCGUGAAUUAGUCUGUUAUGAUCAUGAUGACAUUUUUUAGAAAUGCGUGAUACUUUUAUUUUAUGUCUAAUGAAUAAAGUAAAAUUGUAUAAUCAUACUAAUUACAUUACAUUUUGAUCAUAUGUAACGCUAAAAAAUAAA